AUGCAUUUGCCAGAAGAAAUUUUGCGUUCUGCCGAGCCCCGUGAUAACGAUAUUUUCCAGAAACUGCAACAUCAAGAACCGAUAGAGUUUGUAAGUCGUUGUGAAGGCAGAAAACCCAAAAAUGUUUGCAAAAAUCGCUACAAAAAUAUUAUACCGUACGAUCAUUCACGAAUUAUUCUGGAAACGGACGAUCCUGAGUCAAGUGAUUAUAUCAACGCAAAUCACAUUGAGAUGCUUGUAAACGAGUAUCCGGAGUUUGCUGGCUUAAAUCGAAGGUACAUAUCGACGCAGGGUUGUUUGCCGAACACGAUUGAUGAUUUUUGGAAUAUGGUUUGGCAGCAGAAUUCACGAAUUAUCGUUAUGAUAACGAAAGAAUUUGAGAGGGGAAGGAAUAAGUGUUGUCGGUACUGGCCUUUGAAUUAUGGAGGAGAGAGAUUUGGCAAGUAUGGAGAAUUGCUUGUGAAGUCAGUGCAGGUAUUUUUCUUUUAA